UUCCAGUCCACGCCGAGGAAUUACCCACUCACUCCUUCUCCUCUGGCGAGUGAGUGAGCUCCUUUUCGAGCUCCUCUCCAUGUUCUACGGGGUGAUUAUUGAUUGAGGUUUCGCCGGAGGGAGGGAAUGGGGCAGGGCCUGAGCUGCGCAGACCGCCAUGGAAGUGGAUUCUUCGGAGCUCUGCAGAAUGGGGAAGUGGAAGUUGUUCGAGCCAUGGUGGAGACAGACCAAUCCAUCUUGCAUCGCACCACCAACCAUAGGAGAUCGUCUGCGCUGCACAUGGCGGCUGCCAGUGGACAGAUCGACAUUCUUUCGCUGCUAUUGGACCGGAGUGCGAAUCCCGAUGUUCUGAAUCGUCAUAAUCAGACUCCGUUAAUGCUGGCUGCCAUGGGCGGGAAGAUAGCUUGUGUCAAAAGACUGAUCGAAGCAGGAGCAAAUAUCUUGAUGUUUGAUUCUAUACAUCGACGGACCUGCUUGCAUUACGCAGCUCAUUAUGGCCAUUCAGAUUGUCUGCAAGCGAUUCUCUCUGCUGCCCACUCCACCCCUGUAUCUGACUCCUGGGGGUUUGCGAGAUUUGUGAACAUUAGAGAUGGGGAUGGUUCAACUCCAUUGCAUUUAGCCUCCAGGCAGAGCCAACCAGAAUGUGUCCGUAUCCUUCUUAACAAUGGUGCUCUUGUUUGUGUUUCCACUUGCAGUUGUCCAGGUAGUUCGCCACUUCAUUUAGCUGCUCGCGGUGGUUCGUUGGAAUGUGUUCGUGAAUUGCUUGCUUGGGGAGCUGAUAGAUUUCAGUUCGACUCAUAUGGGAGGAUACCAUUUGCAGUUGCUGUGAAGCACAAGCACCAAGCUUGUGCUGCUUUGUUGAACCCUUCAUCACCAGAACCUCUUGUCUGGCCAUCACCUUUGAAGUUAAUCAUUGAAUUAGAUCCAGAUGCAAAAGUUUUGUUAGAAAAGGCCUUGAUGGAUGCAAACAUGGAGAGGGAGAAGACCAUAUUGAAGGAAACAUGCAUCACACCUCCAUGUCCUUUGCAAUCUGAUGUUGACAUUGAUGCUGAUGUUGACAAUGACUUAGCAUUGGAGGCUAGCGAUGCGGAGUUGUGCUGCAUAUGCUUCGAGCAGGUGUGCAAUAUUGAGGCUCAACCAUGUAGCCAUCGAAUGUGCGCCCAUUGCACAGUAUCCUUAUGCUGCCACAAGAAGCCUAAUCCAACGACUGCUUGUCCAACAGCCCCUGUUUGCCCAUUUUGCAGAAGCAGCAUCACCCAGCUUCUUGUUGCUGAGGUGAAGAGUAAUGACAAUGCAGACCAAGAAAUUUCCCCCUUGAAACUGAAGGGAUCGAGAACGUCAAAUUUCAAUGAAGAAAAUAGCAGCUUCAAAAGCCUAUCUGCCCUGGUUGGGAAGUUGGGUGAACACGAUUCAGGAAGUUUGUCAAGUCAUAAAAAAGGCGUUACGAGAUGAUGAUCCAACAGAUAUAGCACCUGUGGAGCAUCAAUAUUUGAAUAUACUGAGGCUGGCACCCAAUCUAAAUUAUGUAAGGGUCGUGGUGCGAUGCGGGCAAACAUACGUGAAUAUCUGUUUGCCCAGAGAAGUUUUUAUAAUUGUCAGUUAUUUACGUUUCUUAAGCCACUAAGCUAGCAUAUGUAGCAAAUUUAUACAACCAUUUGAAGUUUCUUCUUCUAACAUAUACUAACAGAUGCGGUGGAGCUAUCUAUGGCUA